AUGCUGGGCGGCAAGCUCCCCGUGGCAGCCGCGGCCGCCGCGGCCGCGGCAGGCGGCGAGCCCGGGGCCCGGCACGACCGCGGCAAGGCCACGGCUGCGAUGCCGGUGCAGGACUUCUUGGACCAGGGGCUGGGCGGCGCGCAGCUGCCGCGCAAGCAGCAGGACCGGAAGGAGCGGGAGAAGCAGAAGAGACAAAAGGGGCAGUCGACGCACGCCGAGUGGAAGCCCGAGUCUUGGAUGGUGCUCAGACAGCAGUACGAUGGAUGA